ACUCACAGCAACUCAUCCUUAGCUACCUGCACCUCUUCUGCAUCUGUGAAAAGCGUUCAACAUGGCCGACGACCAGGGAGAUAUUUCGGCUAUUGUGUGCGACAAUGGAUCCGGUAUGGUGAAGGCCGGAUUUGCCGGAGAUGAUGCGCCGCGUGCUGUAUUUCCCAGCAUUGUUGGUCGUCCUCGCCAUCAGGGUGUGAUGGUAGGGAUGGGUCAGAAGGAUGCUUACGUCGGUGACGAAGCGCAGUCUAAGCGUGGAAUUUUGACGCUGAAAUAUCCCAUUGAUCACGGUAUUGUGACUAACUGGGACGACAUGGAAAAGAUUUGGCACCACACUUUCUACAAUGAGCUUCGUGUCGCUCCAGAGGAGCAUCCGGUGCUCUUGACUGAAGCUCCCUUGAAUCCGAAAGCAAAUCGCGAGAAGAUGACGCAGAUUAUGUUCGAGACUUUCAACGUGCCGGCAAUGUAUGUCGCCAUUCAGGCUGUGCUCUCUCUGUACGCCAGCGGUCGUACCACGGGUAUUGUUCUUGACUCUGGUGAUGGUGUGUCCCACACCGUCCCCAUCUACGAGGGUUACGCUCUGCCGCAUGCUAUUCUCCGUUUGGAUCUUGCUGGUCGCGAUUUGACCGACUACCUGGUUACGAUCCUGACUGAGAGGGGUUACUCCUUCACCACAUCUGCUGAGCGGGAGAUUGUGAGGGAUAUCAAGGAGAAGCUCGCAUACGUUGCCAUUGAUUUCGAGCAGGAGUUGCAGACGUCGCAGAGCUCAUCUUCUCUAGAGAAGAGCUACGAGCUUCCUGAUGGCCAGAUGAUUACCGUUGGUUCUGAGCGGUUCAGAUGCCCAGAAGUGCUGUUCAACCCCUCGCUGGUGGGCAAGGAAGCGUCGGGUAUUCACGAGACGUGCUACAACUGCAUCAUGAAGUGUGACGUCGACAUCAGGAAGGAUUUGUAUGGCAACAUUGUGCUCAGCGGUGGUACCACUAUGUUCCCUGGAAUUGCUGAUCGUAUGACGAAGGAGAUCACCCAGCUCGCUCCCAGCACCAUGAAGAUCAAGGUUGUUGCUCCGCCUGAGCGGAAGUACAGUGUCUGGAUUGGUGGAUCCAUUCUCGCGUCUCUGAGCACCUUCCAGCAGAUGUGGAUUGCCAAGAGCGAGUAUGAUGAGGCAGGCCCAAGCAUUGUCCACAGGAAGUGCUUCUAGUUUCCUGGGGCCCUGCUUAUGUUUUUAAUGUCCAGUUGCACCUCUGGAUGAGGUGGCCUAGUGUGGUGGUGACUACUUGCUUGCCUGUUCUGUCUAGUACUAUCUGGGAUUUCGAGCGUCAUUCACGAUCAACACAUUUUGCAUUUAUUCCUGAGUUCUGAUAAAACUUCAAAAAUUGGUUUCCAACACUUUCUUGAUGAAGUCAUGAAUAGCAGCCAAAACUUUGUUUGGACAUUCUUCUUGAGGGACAUGGCCACAAUCUU